GAGGAAACAAACGUAGUUCCCCGCCUGUUAACAUUGAGUGAACCAGCCCUGUUCUUAGAUCAAGUAGAUCACCCUACUCAAAGAGUAAACCCUACUGGAGUUAAACUGGUGGCUUGUGUGCCUUGAUAAGCUGAUCCACGUGGUAGUGGUCAUCAGAUGCGAUCAGAUGACAGUGUUGAGAAUGGUGUAGUGUUGUCAACAAGAAAAACAUUUUCUGACAAUAUCGAAUGGAAAGACAGUGAAAGAGCAAUACAUUUUUGAUUUCUCAUAUAGUGGAGUUCUCGUAUAUUAAUAAUCAUGGUUCAGCGAAGUAAAAUUUUUGAAAGGAACAGAGCUCUUGGUUUUGUUAGCAGCCAUGUACCUUGUGUGGUGAGGUACAUCAAAAUGCGAAAUGAAAAUCUUGUAGCCACAGUUGUGGGAAGAUGUUUUCAUACGUAUGGUUGCAACAGGUUUUCUGUGUUGAGUGUCAGUGGACUUCAUCCUGCGGAUAUAACAUGUUUAGCAGCAGACACUUUCCAUAUAUAUACAUGUUGCGAUACAGAAAUUUAUGCCUGGAGACGUGGUACAGAACUAAAGCACACAUACAAAGGCCACUUAAAGCCAGUUCAUAUUAUCUUACCUUUAGGAGCAUUUCUUCUUUCUGUUGAUGAGGAUAGUGUUCUAAAGCUUUGGGAUGUAAAGUCUGAGGAGGAGUUAUUAGAAUAUCCUUUCUCAAAUGAUACUUUUCAAAUAAGUGCAGUAAUCCAUCCUGCUACGUACCUUAACAAAGUUUUGCUCGGAAGUAAGCAAGGAACAUUGCAAUUAUUAAACAUUCACACAUCUAAGCUAAUUCACACUUUCCGUGGGUGGAAUUGUGAAGUAACUGUCCUUCAACAAGCACCUGCUGUUGAUGUUAUUGCAGUUGGUCUAGCAAAUGGAAGAAUCAUCUUGCACAAUAUUAAGUACGAUCAAACUGUGAUGAUGUUAAUACAAGAUUGGGGCACUGUUACCAGUAUUUCGUUCAGAUCUGAUGGACCUGCUAUGAUGUUAUCUGGGAGUUUGUCAGGACACAUUGUCCUUUGGGACUUGGAAGAAAGAAAGCCAUUAACUCAACUGGUAUCUGCACACAGUGGUGCUGUUGCUGGAAUGAAAUGUUUAGCAAACGAACCUUUGAUGGUGACUUCAUCUCCAGACAACACUUUAAAAAUGUGGAUUUUUGAUAUGCCAGAUGGAGGUGCCAGGCUUCUUCGAAUUAGAGAAGGACAUUCUAGUCCUCCAACGUUUAUCAGAUACCAUGGAAAUAAUGGUCAUAAUAUAGUGAGUGCUGGAAGUGACUCAUCAAUGAGAAUAUUUUCAACUUUAACUGAAACAUUUAAUAAGAGUUUAGGAAAGGCAAGAUACAAACGUAAUAAAAAAAUUAAAAAGAGUACCCUCUUGGAUGAUGAGAACCCUUGCAUGCCACCAGUUGUUUUUUUUGCCUCAGAGACUACUCGUGAGAAAGAGUGGGAUGAUAUUGCUGCAAUACACCUUGGGAUGGGUGUUGUCACAACUUGGUCAUAUGGAAAGGUGAAAAUGGGUGAUUUGAAAUUAAUUCCUGAUCAUCUGAAACCAAAAACUUUCCAAUCAGCAAAUCAGAUUAGUGCUACGUGCCUUACAUUGACAAGUUGUGGCAAUUUUGUUGUGAUAGGGUACAAUACUGGUGACUUACAUAAGUUUAAUAUACAAUCUGGACUGCAUCGAGGAGCAUAUGGUAGCCCCACUGCUCAUAAAGGUCCAGUUCGUGGUGUGGGAAGUGAUAGUUUGAAUCAAGUUGUGGUUAGUGGUGGCCAUGACUGUUGUAUAAAGUUUUGGUCAUUUAAAGUUGCAGGUUCUGAAGUUUUAUCGCAGCUGGUCUUGGAUGAACCAGUUUUGUUUUUUCAUGUUCACCGAGAGAGUUCUCUGUUGGCCAUUGCUUUAGAAGACUAUAAUGUGCUUGUGAUGGAUUUAGACACUCGUUUAGUGAUUCGAAAAUUUGAAGCUCACAUGUCCCAGUUGACAGACAUGGCAUUCAGUCCUGAUGCUCAUUGGCUCGUCACUGCAUCAUUGGAUUGCACCAUUCGCACAUGGGACAUUCCUUCUGCACAUCUUGUUGAUGUAUUUCAGGUUGAUGCUCCAUGUACAUCUUUAACAUUCUCACCUACAGGGGACAGAUUAGCCACUACUCAUGUGAACUGCCUGGGAGUAUUUCUUUGGGCAAACCGAUGCGUGUUUGAACACGUUUCUUUAUCUCCUGUCCGUGAUUUAACGAACAUUCCUUUGGUAGCCUUACCUUCUACAGCACAAUGUGUAGAACCAAGUGAUUACCUUUCUGAAAUUGAUGAUCCUAUUGAAAAUAUGCCUAAAACAAAUGAACAGAUAAGUGAAGAACUUAUAACUCUGUCAUCAGUUUCAAGUUCAAGAUGGCAGAACCUUUUGAACCUAGACAUAGUUUGGAAAAAGAACAAACCCAAAAGUUUAUUAAAAAAACCUAAAACUGCUCCAUUUUUUUUGCCUACUAUACCUUCUCUAGAUUUACAAUUUGACUUAAAAGCAGAAAACAACGCAAAUGAAGAAUCUGCAAAUGCAUUUCAGUUGAAAACUUCAACUACAGGCUUUGCAAAGUUAUUAUUUGAUUCAGUUAGUGGAAGUGAUUUUGAUAAAGCAAUGAUAAAACUGAAAGAGUUAAGUUUAUCUACUAUUAAUUUUGAAAUUUCCGCUCUGUCUCCUGAAGGUGGUGGUUCUUUGCAAAUGAUAAGACAAUUCAUGAAACUAGUUCAAUCAGUUCUAAAGACUAACAGAAACUUUGAGUUGAUCCAAGCAUACUUUGCAUUAUUUUUGAAGAAACAUGGUGAUACAAUAGCAUCAGAAAUGGUAUUGUGUGAUGAACUUCAACUUUUACAAACGGUUCAACUGGACAAAUGGAAUGUUUUGCAGAACAAAUUAAUGUCAUGUUUAUGUGUUGUUGAUUCAUUGAAAUCUAUGUAAUAACUGGAGACAGAAGAAAAUAUCAAUGAUGCUUUUUAACAUUGUGAUUGUAUACUGUUUGGAGUUAUUUGAAAUUUGGAAAUGUUAAUGGAACUAUGUUCUGUUCAAAUUAUUUAGUACAAUUUCUUUGUUUUCAUGAUCUGUAACAGUUAUUUCUCCUUUCCUCUGUCCUUCCAUAGAAAGUGAUGUACAUAAAUUUCUGAAUGAUUUUAAUACACAGAAAUGUUUCUGAACUGAGGUGCAGCAAAGAAAUUUAAAAUGCUGUUUGUGAAGUGGUAAAGAGUGACUAACAAAGAGAAUAAGCCAGAAGUUUAAGACCCCUUCUGGAGAAAACUUAUUCCCACAAAUUAUGUUAAUAAUCUGUACCAAAAUUUGAUUUUAAUAUUGUGUCUUUUGGAACCUUUGAAAACUAUCUAAAGAUACAUGCAAAUUUACUACCUUUUAAAAUAAUUUACUUUUAAUAUAAAAGAAAAGUGUUGUGCUUGUUACCUUCAAAGAAGUUUGAAAAUCAAUAGUGGUGCGUUUGGGCACGCUGCUUGGAUAAAGGAUUAAUCUUGUAUGAGUUAGCGAGUUGGGUCAUCUUUGACAUUAAACGUUAGUGCAUUAAAAAGCUAAAUUCUAUAUCCUUAGAAUGUAAUUGGAAAUAUUUGUAUCAAUGUAAAUAAGGGUUUAUAUUUUGCAGUAUAAUAAAAUUGUCUAUGAAUUGCAAAUUCUCUGAAAACUUAAGAAGAAUAAAUGGUAUUUCCUCAGAAAAGAUCAAUCUCAAGGCAAUUUGAUGUUUACAUUAGAAAUAAAAACUUAAGAUGUAUAUCUAUAAAAUAUAAGAUAAACUAGCUGAAUCCUUACAAUUACAUCAUACAAAAGGAAGAACUAGAAAAUAUUUCUUCUGAAAAGUACAAUUUAUGCUCUAUUGAAAAUCGAAACUUGCCCAAAAUAAUGUAUCUUGGCAGACACUACUAAUGAAAUUAGGGAGAUUUGCAAAUUCUAGAACAAUACAAUCACUAUUCACUGAUUAUAACAUUUCUCUGAGUAAGUAAGUAAGCAUAUUUACCAAUAUCUGUUGCAUUUUUUGUAGAAAUCCUGGCAAACACCAAAAUUAAGAAAAUUCAUGCAACACUUUUAAAAUAAGUUCUUUUUUGUGAAGGUGGAGUUAUAUCCUUUCGGUAGUCAGACAAAAUACAUUUGAGGAAAAGCUACCAUUAAAAUAUAGUGAAGUUAUAUUUUUAAAUUUUUCCAGAGUUUCAAUGAUAACACAUUUUUAUUUUCACUCCUUUUUCUUAACAUUGAUUUACAACUUAACUUCUGUUAUCCAAACAUUCUAGUAUACACACACUCUUUUACAAAACUAAACAAAUUUUAAAAACUUAAUUCAGUAAAUGCGUGACAUUUCAAUUUAUAUAGCAGGUAUUGAUCAAAAAGUGAAUGUGUGUUACACACAACGUGUAAACCUAUUUAAUUCUGCAAAUAAAGUAUUAUGUACUAGGUUGAUAGGUAUUUCUUAAGGUCAUUGUAAAUUAUACAUUAUAUUAUCAGUACAUCUACAUUACUUUAAAGGUCCCUUCACAAAUGUGUUACAUUGAUGCAUGUAAAAUAACACUAUCUUUUGCGAAACAGCAUGUGUGCACUUUGGCCAUUCUACAUGUGUUAAUCUAUGACGUGUUACUUUUCGCUCAGCAAACGAACAUCAACCCAAUGCUCUUAUGACAGGCCUAACACAUUUCUUUGUAACUUAAUAUGUUUGAAGGGAAGAAAAAAUUGAUUUGGAUUAUUCAGUUUUCCUUACCACUCAUCACCCCAGAUAAUGGAGGUUCACCCCAGAUAAUGGAGGUUCUCUGCUCACUAUUCACUGUUGUAAAAGAUUUCCUCACUGAGCAUGCAAAGACAUUCUGUCAAAACUUCUAAUCCGGUCAGAAUUGUGUUUCAGUACACAUGAGGCACACAAUGUUUUUAUUCUCUCGAUUAGUCAUUACUUGCACAUCCGUUUCCCUUGAAACAUUUCUUCCCACUCUUCAACAGUUUGCUGCACAAAAAAUUUAGAUAAGAGAAAAUUGUCCUGUAUAACGAGAGGAAAGGAUCACAUCUUCGUUAAAAGUAACUUCUGUACAUUGAGUGGUAAAAUUGAUAAGAUGUUGAAUUGCAACUACACAAAAAAAACCUGAAUGAAUGAAUGAAAAAAAUGACUAGGCCUUCAUAAAUAACAAACACUCUUCCUUUAGAAAAACUAUCUUCCAAUGAGUCAGUAUUCAGUGCAUUACAUUAAUGGUAUAUGAAAAAAGGCCUCAUUUUCAUAUGAUAACGAAGGGGGAAAAGCAGUUAUAUUUCACACAAGACUACUUAUCAGUAAGUACAAAACAUUUUACGUUGUACAAUUGAAAGGUUGAGUGCAACAGUGGUCCAACCCGCCAUUAGAAUCAGAGAUAUUGUACAUCAAAGUUGACAUGCUCCAGUUUUUCACGUUUUUUGUUUGUUCACGUCCAUUUUGUUUUAAUCACUACUUUCUCUGAAUGUUAGUAUUCUUUUCCAUACAAGAAAAAAGAUCAUAAGACGAGGUGAAAAUGGUAAAAUUAAUUGCUUGACCCAAAAUUGGUUAGACCAGUGUUGCAAAAAACUCCGACAUUGAUAACCAAAAACACAUUUUUAAUGUUGGAACAAAAUAAAAAUAAUACUAGAAAUUUACAGAAAUGUACAUUUACUACUUUAAUAUUACAGAAAUUAAAAAAUAUGAUAUUUGCACGAAAUUAUUGAAAAUAAAUGUUAUAAAAAGUAUUGUUUGAACAUAAGCAGUUUGACGCACAUCAUGACAAUGUUAGAAUAUAUAAGAAAUAAAUAUUAAGAAAAAAAUAAAAUUAAUUAUCACAAUAUUGUGAUUAUACAUAAACAGGUAUGUCAAAGAAAUAACCAUCUUUGUAGUCAUGAUCUUCCUGAUCAGUUUCAGAUGAGAAACUAGAAGAAAUCGUGAAAUACAGCUGGUACAUAUUUUAAAAGUUCUUUGAUAUCUUUCUAUUAACUGACUAGAGAUUUGUAUUUUACAGGAAGAUUAAUUUGUGC